UGGUGACCCGUCGCUCCGCUGCCAGUUGACCGCUCAAAGUAACAUUUCUGACCAUGGCGACGCCGCUGACCGACCAGGAGAAGAGAAAGCAGAUCAGUAUCCGAGGCAUAGUGGGAGUGGAAAAUGUUGCCGAAAUCAAGAAGGGUUUUAAUCGCCAUCUGCACUUCACGUUGGUGAAAGACCGAAAUAUCGCGACCCCGCGAGAUUACUACUUCGCUCUCGCCCACACCGUACGAGACCACCUGGUGGGGAGAUGGAUCAGAACCCAGCAGUACUACUACGAAGUAGACCCCAAGCGUGUGUAUUACCUGUCGCUGGAGUUCUACAUGGGCAGAACCCUGCAGAACACCAUGAUCAACCUGGGCCUGCAGAACGCCUGCGAUGAGGCCAUCUACCAGCUGGGUCUGGAUAUGGAAGAUCUGGAGGAGAUGGAGGAGGAUGCAGGCCUGGGGAACGGAGGCCUUGGCAGACUGGCAGCGUGUUUCCUGGACUCCAUGGCAACGCUUGGCCUGGCCGCCUACGGCUAUGGGAUCCGCUACGAGUACGGCAUCUUCAACCAGAAGAUCAGAGACGGGUGGCAGGUGGAGGAGGCAGAUGAUUGGCUGAGGCACGGGAAUCCCUGGGAGAAGGCCCGCCCGGAAUACAUGCUUCCUGUUCACUUCUAUGGGCGGGUGGAGGAGUCACAGGAAGGAUCCAGAUGGGUGGAUACUCAGGUGGUCCUGGCCAUGCCCUACGACACGCCCAUCCCGGGCUUCAUGAACAACACGGUGAACACCAUGAGGUUGUGGUCGGCCAAGGCGCCCAAUGACUUCAACCUGAGAGACUUUAAUGUCGGAGAUUACAUCGAAGCGGUUCUGGACCGGAACCUGGCCGAGAACAUCUCCCGGGUUCUGUACCCAAACGACAACUUCUUUGAGGGUAAGGAGCUGCGUCUGAAGCAGGAGUACUUUGUGGUGGCCGCCACCCUGCAGGACAUCAUCCGCCGCUUCAAGACCACCAAGAAGGGUGGCGGUGCCCGGACCUCCUUCCAGGGCUUCCCAGAGAAGGUGGCCAUUCAGCUGAACGACACCCACCCAGCCAUGGCCAUCCCAGAGCUCAUGAGGAUCUUUGUGGACAUUGAGAAGCUGGACUGGGAUACGGCCUGGGACCUGACCAAGCGCACCUUCGCCUACACCAACCACACGGUGCUGCCUGAGGCGCUGGAGCGCUGGCCGGUGGAGCUGCUGGAGACCCUGCUGCCCCGACACCUGCAGAUCAUCUACCAGAUCAACCAGAUCCACCUGGACAGCAUAGCGUCCCUGUUCCCGGAGGACAUGGACCGCCUGCGCCGGAUGUCCCUGAUCGAGGAGGACGGGAAGCGGGUCAACAUGGCCCACCUCUGCAUCCUGGGCUCCCACGCCGUCAACGGGGUGGCGCAGAUCCACUCGGACAUCAUCAAGACCAGCGUGUUCCGUGAUUUCAGCGAAUUGGAGCCGGACAAGUUCCAGAACAAGACCAAUGGGAUCACUCCGAGACGCUGGCCUCUCUGUAACCCCGGGCUGGCCGAGCUCAUAGCAGAGGUGAUCGGGGAGGACUACGUGAAGGACCUCAGCCAGCUGAAGAAGCUCAUGCUGCUGGUGGACGACGAGGCCUUCAUCAGGGACGUGUCCAAGGUCAAGCAGGACAACAAGGAGAAGUUUGCCCAGUACCUGGAGAAGGAGUACCGCGUGGAGAAACCGGCCUCCAUGUUCGACGUUCACGUCAAGAGGAUCCACGAGUACAAGCGCCAGCUGCUCAACUGCCUGCACAUCAUCACCAUGUACAACCGCAUCAAAAAGAACCCGACAGCGCCCUUCGUUCCACGGACCAUCAUCAUCGGAGGCAAGGCGGCACCAGGGUACCACAUGGCGAAGAUGAUCAUUAAGCUGAUCACGGCAGUGGGCGACGUGGUGAACAACGACCCCGUGGUGGGCAGUAAACUCAAGGUCAUCUACUUGGAGAACUACCGGGUGUCACUGGCAGAGAAAGUGAUCCCGGCCACGGACCUGUCGGAGCAGAUCUCCACUGCGGGGACGGAGGCGUCCGGGACGGGGAACAUGAAGUUCAUGCUGAACGGGGCGCUGACCAUCGGCACCAUGGACGGGGCCAACGUGGAGAUGGCCGAGGAGGCCGGCGAGGAGAACCUCUUCAUCUUCGGCAUGAGGGUGGAGGACGUGGCCGCGCUCGACCUGAAGGGCUACGACGCCAUGGUGUACUACAAGCGGAACCCGGAGCUGAGGUGUGUCAUGGACCAGAUCACCAGCGGGUACUUCAACCCCAAAAACCCUGACCUGUUCAAGGACGUGACCGACAUGCUCUUCAAAUACGACCGUUUCAAAGUAUUUGCCGACUUUGACGAUUACGUGAAGGCUCAGGAAAAAGUCAGCAAACUUUACCAGAAACCAAAGGAAUGGACCAAGAUGGUAAUAAAGAACAUCGCAGCAUCGGGCAAAUUCUCCAGCGACAGAACCAUCAGCGAUUAUGCCAGAGAGGUGUGGGGGGUGGAGCCCACCGACCUGAAGAUCCCGCCUCCCAGUGAGCCCAGAGAGGCCAUCGAUGAGACGGCGGCCAGAGCCCUGAAUAAAAUGUGAGACACCGCUCCCUCGUGGCCACCGGUGGUAUUGCGAUAGCAAACACCUAGGAUUUAAACUUUGCACGUCAUCUUAAACGCUGCUGUCGGUAUGAUUCGGAAGUUGUAAAGAGAGAAAUUAAGUCUGAUAAAGUCUCUUACUUUGGACAAACUAGUUUUAGUUUAUCAGUUUGGAAGAAAUCUAUUGCCAAAUAAAUACAACACAAACAC